GGAGAUUAACUAGCUCGCUGGAGGAGGGAGAGCGUGCGUUCUAUUAAAUUCGAUUUAUUGUUUGCGCGCUCCAGCGACACGGUGACCUAGUAUUCGCGUUAGGGGAACAAAUCGAUGCGUUCUGUGGAUAGACAAUACUAUUAAACAAGUUACGUGAAUAUAGGUAACGAACACAUACAAAUGAAACGGGCUUUGAAGGUGGAGGUCAUCAGUAGGAAUGCGCAAACCGAAUAGUGCGCAUGCCCGGACGUGCUCCCUCACGCCUGCGCUUCGCCCGUCGCGGUUAACUCCUUAUCAACGUUGCACUGAUAUUGUAAAUUCGUUGAAUCAGUGUUAUAUUUGUGUAAUCCAGAAAAUUAUAAUGAACUUAUAUCACGUUUUGAGCAAACAAUUAUAGUCGGCUAACAUAAACGGUUAACUUGUUUUCUGAUGUGCAACCGUGUCGGCGGUUCGAUAUCGAUACUUGUGCUCUUACUCCUGAACACCAGGAACUGUUCGGCUAGCAUUCAAUAUGAUGCCCCUGGCAAGAUAUCGUUCAACUCGGUGCAGGCGUGGGCAGUCAAACUUGGUACAGAAUUAUAUCAUUUUGGUGAGUUUAUUACUCGGAAGAAAGAAGUUCAGGAUAGUUUUAAGUCCGCGCAAAUUGAAGUGCGGGAUGGAGAAAAAUUAGUACAAAAUAUGGCGGACGAUAUUCGAGCCAUGAUGGAGCUCAAAAUUAGUGCCGUUAAAAGGAUCGUAGAAGCGGCUGAGAACAUGGCGUUCGAUAAACAAAAUGAACCUGUACCGGAAGAUUUUCAAUUUUACAAUAGCAAAGAAAUGGACGAACCUUACGAUGAUGUAUCGUUGACGACCACACCAGAACCGGAAUUCAAUGUUGAUAAUUGGAUUGUUCGACCGCCAACGAAAAGUGCUCAUCUACAAGCGAAUCCCCACUUUUCAAACAUACCUGUGAACGCCAAUUUUAGUAGCGUUCAUGUUCCUACCAAUGUUUAUGCUUGGGCGCCGGAAGUAAUAAAAGGAAUACAUUGGUCCGAAGGCUUAGAUACGCACUUUAUCAAUAAUUAUCAAAGUGAUCCGACACUCUCUUGGCAGUACUUCGGCAGUUCAACAGGAUUCAUGAGGCAUUACCCUGCAAUGAAAUGGCGGGCUGAUCCUGUUGAUAUAUACGAUUGUCGUACAAGAGCUUGGUACAUGGAAGCGGCAGCCAGUCCAAAGGAUGUAGUAAUUUUGGUCGAUCGCAGCGGGUCAAUGACUGGACAAAGACGGGAUAUAGCUAAGCACGUUGUUACGAAUAUAUUGGAUACCCUCGGUAAUAAUGAUUUCGUCAGCGUCAUGACCUUUGCUGAUACAGUCGAAGAAAUUGUACCUUGCUUUGAAGAUUCCCUUGUUCAGGCAACUUUAGGUAAUCUACGUGAGCUGAAAUUGGCAUUGGAUAAUUUUGAAACAAUGGAAAUAGCAAACUUUUCUGCAGCUUUGACUAGGGCGUUCGAGUUAUUAGAAAUCUAUCGAAACAACAGUGGCGGAGCUAAUUGUAAUCAGGCAAUUAUGCUAGUUACUGAUGGCGUUCCAUACAACUACAAAGAAAUUUUCGAGAGAUACAAUUGGAAAUACGAGACUCCAGUGAGGGUGUUCACGUACCUGAUAGGGCGCGAGGUAAAGGUUGCUGAUGUCAGGGAAGUGAAAUGGAUGGCUUGUGCAAAUCGAGGAUUCUACGUUCAUCUCAGUACUUUAGCAGAAGUAAGGGAGCGGGUCUUGGAGCACGUUAAUGUUUUGGCGCGGCCCCUUGUGUUGCAAAGAGAAAAACAUCCUGUAGUUUGGACUCCUGUAUAUGCAAAUGUUACCGAUCCUAAAGUGGCUGAUUAUCUGUGGGAGCAACGCGAAAGAGCCGAACAGAAGGAGCGUUUCUUGAGUCAGCGAAGGGACAAGGUACUCUUCAACUCUGAGAAAGAACAGGAUCGCCGUUGGAGAAUCACACAGAUGAAACAGGGGCAGUACAGUGAACUAGGAAACUCCCAGUAUCAGUUGAUGACUUCAGUUUCUAUGCCGGUCUACGAUCUUCGCCAUAAUGAGUCCGUAGAGGAGAAUGGACCGAAAGAGAUGCGUAUUGCUAAAUUAUUGGGAGUAGCUGGCACGGACGUUCCCUUAUCAGAAAUACAAGCUCUAAUGACACCUUAUAAGAUUGGAGUCAACGGGUAUGCCUUUAUAGUGACCAACAACGGAUACAUUUUGUUACAUCCUGACUUGCGACCUGUGUUUCAACAAAUCCUAAAGCCGAGCUACAACAGUGUGGAUAUGAUUGAAGUUGAGUUGUUUGAUGAUGACCGAGGACCUAGGAACUUCAGCAAGGAGCUAACUGCGCUCCGUAAAGAAAUCAUCGAUCAAAAGACAGGCAAUAAAGUGAUGAACGUCAAAUAUCACUUGGAUGACAUGAAAAGAGUAUCGCGAGCUAAGAAGCAUUACUUCUGGACGGGCAUCAGUGACUCACCGUUUACUUUGGUAGUUACGAUCCCCGAGAACUACGGACGUCAUCGUAUCACACCUCCCCCGACGGAUGAUAUUCACCGCUUAUCGCUCACAUCCAAGAACAUAUCGGCCCGGCAGUAUUUAUCUGAUAAAUGGAGCGUCCACCCUGAUUGGUUGUACUGUCGUCACUACGAGCGUACUUUUUCAUCGCCCGAAGAAGAGUUGCUUUACUUUUUGGAGCGCGUUGCGAAGCCAGGGUGGAGAUGGCCGGCGAAACCUAGACCCCCGGAACACCACAAGAACAAACAAGGCCACGAACGACAUAACAAUGGAACACCGGAAACUAAAGAUCGGAACAAAGUUACAAACAGCACUCCCAGAAAUGAAUAUUACUGUGACCACGGCUUGAUGCAGGCUCUGGUAUAUGAUGCCAGAAACACAGCAUGGUUCAAUAAGAGUAUUUUGGAUUCGGCUUCCGAUGAAAAAGCGUCUGAGUUCAUUCAGCGUUUUGGAUACAUCGUGGCAUUUCUGUCAACUCACAGCGGAUUGACCCGAUGGCAAACUCAUCCGCCGAGGGAGCAGGAUAACGUUAGGGCUGAAUUCGGAAAGCAAUGGCCCCGUUCGAUAGAUGAAGUGUGGUAUCGACGCGCAGUCGAGCAACAUUACGUGGAUCCCCUCAGCUACGUUUACAGCGUUGAAAUAAACACAGAUAAGUUUCCGUUGAAUAUCAGUAAUGCUGUUGUAACUGCUUCUCAUGCGGUGUUCCACGGAGACGGCUACAAGAAAGCGCCAGCAGCCGUAGUCGGGUUCCAGUUCAAGCACGAACGUCUUAGCGAGUGGUUUGAGAAUAUAACUUCGUCGUGUGAGCACAACAAGGAAUGCGUGACUUGUCUCUCGGACACCUGGGACUGUUACCUCGUCGAUAACAACGGUUGGAUCGUCGUCAGCGAGGAUGUUACACAAAAUGGCCAAUUCUUUGGAAGGAUUCGUCCCGAUAUAAUGACGAAGCUGGUCGAAGACGAAGUUUACAAAGCCGUGCAUAUUGUGGACUAUCAAGCUGUCUGCUUCCGAGAAAAGAAAACCACGAAUCCUGCUUCAAAAUUGAUGACGCCGUUGCACAAUUUUAAGAUCAUAACGUCAUGGUUUGUGUCUACAACUUUAUGGUUUUACAAUUCGAUCGCUUUAAGUCUCGCUCAAGCCUCCAGCUACUCUUUCGACGAUGACUAUGUUACACCCACCGUUGCAUAUCAGAGUUACGAGAACGAUGAAGAAAAUGACGACUCUUACAUGUCGAAACCGACGAAUAUGCGAACUUUAGAGAGGGACUUCGAGAAAUUGGUGUUGAUCAACAGAACCAGACCGACGCCUUGCGAUAGAGAAAUGUUCCUUUACCAACUCGAGUACAGCAAUUUGGACGCGAAAUUAAACAAGCCAGUUAAAGACUGCGAAAGGCCGUUUUACGCUCAGCUUGUGAACUAUACGAAUAUGCUUAUGAUAGUUGUCGAUGCGAGCUGCCCUAGAGAAGAAGCGUCUAUGUCUUUUAUAGAAGCGACUGAAGUCCAAUACAAUGAAUCGUUGCCAUGCUUAAAACAUGUGCAUCCUCUUUACAGAAAACAACCUACGUCGUGUAUCAAGAACCACACAGAAGAAAGCAACAUCGACAUGUGCGGCAGAGGAUCCCUUCCGAGCUCUAAUUUUUUUUGGAUAAUAUUUAGCACUUUCGUCACAUAUCAUCAUUUAUAAAUAAUUAAAUAUGUAUAAUAACCGGCAAACUUCUUGAGCAUUUGUUGACGUAGUGGGGGUAAGUUUGCGCAUGGUACACUCACGUGCAAAAACAUUAUUUACUUUGCGUCAUAAUGCUAUUAAAUUAUUAAAAUCAACAUAUGUAUUUAUUUAUAUAUUUAUUAGAACAUCAACAAAACAUAUAGGUUAAUAAUUGUAAUAAUUUAAUCUUGGGGUAAAAUAGAUAUUCCUUCUAUUAAGUCAAAACUAGAGCUGUUGCCAGGUCUUCGUUCAGUUGAAGCGAAGCUGGUAUUUGUAAUUUUUUUUUCGUUAUCAUAAUCUUGACCAUCAUCAUCAUCACUGUUUUCAUCACCCGAGUCGCUAUCAUCGUGAUGAGUCGACAUAGGGCUCAUCGGCGUAGUUUACAACUCCGUCGAUUCGGUCUUCUUUUUUGUCUAUAAUUAAUUAUUUUUGAAGAUAUUCGAUUCGUAGUAAUCUAAUGUUACUUUUUUCAUUUACCAGCUUCCGAUUAUUUUCUGUUCUUUUUUUCCAUCUGAAGCCUAGCUCUUUCAUAAUUCGUCGUAAGCUUCAUUCCGAGCCAUUAAAAUUGAUAUCUUCUUUAAAGUUUUCGAAGCCUUUCUACGAUACGGAGUUUCGCUACUUGUUACGUAGUUAUUAUGAUUACAUCUUUUUUUACAGGUUGAACGAAACUAUCCAUUCCGGUAACUUUCUUCUUCCCUGAUCUUUUCUUACCCGGAGUCCGAAACACGGCGAGCAAGCCAGAGCCUUUAGCUUCGUUAAUAAUGCACCUAACAGUACUCACUGAUGUUUUUGUUGCUUCCGAAGUCUGUUUUAAUUUUUCCAUAUCAUUCUUCCCCUGUUUUAUAAUGAAGCAAUAUACGUCGUACACAAAUUUUCUACCCUUUCUUUUAAGUACUACACCAGUUUGUCACGGCAGAGUGUAUGUUUUAUAAAAAAUCAACAAACACUCAUCAAAUAGCAAUGGCAACAAAGUCCACAAGCAAUUAUAACAAAUAACUUAACGAUUAAUAACGAUAGACUUUCCACUGUACGCAAGCGUACUUUUGGGAGCAAGCGGAAUGAGGGCGCGGUGCGGGACGCAAGGUUCGACUGAUCUACCAAUAACGCGCUCGAUACGAUUUCCCCUGCCGUCGCGCCUCACCCUCACCACCAAAGUGAUCUAAAAUUCGGUUCUGCGCAGUCAAGGUCAUUUGCUCAAGAAGUUUGCCGAUUACUAUACGUAACUUUCGAAACAUCUAAAUGUACAACGCUACAGAUCUAUGGGGUUGGUUUAGAAAUAUCACAAUAAGGGCGAUUUUAAAAUUAAUGUCUCAAAAUGUACCUAUAAUAGUACCUAUUAUAGUUACAUUUACAUAAUUUAAAAAAAUCUAAUGUAUGUGAAUGAUAAGGAAAUAAUAAAUAAUGCAGACAAAUCCAAUAAUUUCCUAUAUAAAACAUAUUAAUUGUCGAUAAAAUUCAUAUGAUGUAAAUUUUAUUGAUCUCUAAAAUAUUUAUCAAAAAAAAAACAUAUUAUUUUUUUAAGCCCUAAUAAUUAUUGUUAUGUAUAAUAUAUGUACAUGUCAUGGUAACAUAUCAAUAAUUGUUUUUAACGUUUUAAGUUCAAUCGUAGUGUUAUGCUCCCGUGGUGCCACGAUUAGAAAACUUAAAUAAAGAAAACAAUAAAAUCAUCAUAUCAAACAUACAAGUAUUCUCCGUUUAAUUUUCAUUAUAAUUGUUAAUCUAAAAUAAGGAAGUAUAAAAUAAUGUGUAGCUUUUGUAAAACAAUGGCUUUUUAAAACAAUCAAUGAACUAAGAAACUGUGAACUGUUACUUUUUUGUAAACUCCGUCCUUUUAAGUUUAUUGGAUGGAGUUAAAAUAAAAUUUAUUUACAUACUUAUUAUGCUCUUUUAAAAUUUAUUAUAAAUAUAUUAUAUAGAUUUUAAUCUUAUUUAACCUACCAAGGGCCAUAGCAACUGAACCUUACCUUGAAAUUAAUGACUGGUGGAACCUGUUGGAAGAGAAUAAUAUCUUGUUUUAUCGUGAUCUCUGUUAUUAUGCCAUAAUAGAAUUAAAGUACAGAAUUCCUAAAUUUUAUUUUUAACGUUAGUUCAAUAAAUUUUAAUAAUGUAAUAAACCUUUUUAUUCAAAUAUGAUUGUUGUUGGGUACAAAAUAAAUAUUGUCUCUAUUUCAAA